AUGAACGAGUCGGCUCUGUUGCACGGAAACUCAUUGACAGAACAGUCAUAUUCCUUCUACUGGAACUGUAUUGUUAACGUCUGGUUCAUAGGUUUUUUAGCAGGCAUUUGGAUCAGUCGUUGGAUUACCGAUCAUUUCGGAAGAAAACCAGCUUUUUUGAUAGGGAAUGGUUUCAACGUGCUCGGAUCUUUAUCAGUUUACUUCUCAAUAGUUGUUUAUGAACCAAUAGUAUUAUUUAUUGGAAGAUUUAUUAGUAGCACAGCAACAUCUAUUUCCUAUUGUUCACUUAUUUUGUAUCUCCAGGAAGUGGCGCCCAAUGGAAAGAAAGGAUCAACAAGCUGUCUUAAUGGUUGUAUUUAUUCUUUGAUUGCCAUUUUGGGAAUAACUUUGGGCAAUGAUGAACUACUUGGAAAACAUCUUGCUUAUUACCUAGGUUUUGGAAUUUUCCCAUGUAUUUUCAGUUUUGUUGCUUUAUUUUUUUUGCCAGAAACUCCCAAGUAUCUAGUUUCUAAAAACAAAUUAGAUGAAGCUGAAGAUGCCAUCCUAUUUUAUCAUGGAAAGUCUACAAGAGCCACAAGCACAUUGAAAACCAUUCAAGAUGAUAUCGAUAGCGCUGAUAAUCAACUCAAACCAAAAAUUGUUGAUGUUUUCAAGCAGAGGCAUCUUAGAAAUGCUUUAUGGCUUGCAUUGGCAGCAAUACAGAAUACAGUUGCCCUUUGGACCAUUCUUCUCUCUUCUACAUACUAUUUAGAAGAAACUGGGGUUGAGCAUCACAUAGCUCAAUGGAGUAGCACAAUAAUGGCUAUUGCAUACUUUGCUGGAACAUCUACUGGUGUCUUCACAAUCGAAAAAUUUGGAAGAAGGCCCCUGCUGAUAUGGUCAAACAUCUUGAAUAUGUCAUCAUUGUUACUUUACACAGCGUUUGCCAAAGCUGAACCAUAUCUACCAGGCUCCAAAUAUGGCUGCUUACCCAUGUUAGCUCUAUUUGGCUGGUCAUACGGAUGGGCCGUUGGUCCUGUAGCUCGUUUCAUAGCAGCCGAACUCGUUCCAACUAAAUAUAGAAGCUUGAUGACCGCCAUCGUGUUCUCGGAAAAUACAAUAGUUAAUGUAAUAACAGCGUUUUCAUGUCGUCCACUUUUUCAUGUUCUCGGGCCUUAUGCUUUCUGCAUUCUUUAUGUAGUGCCCUCAAUAUUCUGUCUGUUUUACCUGUUCCAUUAUUUACCAGAAACAAAGGGUAAAGAAAUUUCAGAAAUCGUCAAUAUUUUAAGAAAUCAAUGA